CAGCCUGUCUCAUUCGCAUGCUACGGUGGUGGUGGUGACUGCAACUGUCCGGCGGACUUGACCGGGGCUAGCGGGGUCUUGAUCAAUGUUUACCCCGGAUACCAAUGCGCCUACCCCGCAGGCGCUUGCACCUGGGACGACAAGACCGGCGCAUUACAAAACACACUGCAGACAAACUGUCCGUCAUCUGCACCAUGCAGCACCGUCAGUGGUUGUAGCUGCCCGGCGGACCUCAACGACGACGCUGGUGUCAUGAUCAAUCAGUUCACUGGGUAUCAGUGCGCAUACCCGAAGGGGGCGUGCACGUGGGACUAUCUUGGGAACCUUACAAACACAGCCCAGACGAAUUGUCCUUCAUAUGCAAAGUGUGCACAGCUUGCGUCGGAUUCAUAA